AUGAUCAUCACGGCCUACACAAAGUGCACCUGGUACAGAGUCAUCACUGCCUAUACAGAGUGUACCUGGUACAGUUAUCACUUCCUACACAGAGUGCACCUGGUACAGAGUCAUCACGGCCUACACAGAGUGCACCUGGUACAGUCGUCACCGCCUACACAUAGUGCAUCUGGUACAGAGUCACCACGGCCUACACAGAGUGCACCUGGUACAGAGUCAUCACUGCCUACACAGAGUGCACCUGGUACAGAGUCUCCACGACCUGCACAAAGUGCACCUGGUACAGAGUCAUCACUGCCUACACAGAGUGCAUCUGGUACAGAGUCAUCACUGCCUACACAAAGUGCACCUGGUACAGAGUCAUCACUGCCUAUACAGAGUGUACCUGGUACAGUUAUCACUUCCUACACAGAGUCCACCUGGUACAGAGUCAUCACGGCCUACACAGAGUGCACCUGGUACAGUCGUCACCGCCUACACAUAGUGCAUCUGGUACAGAGUCACCACGGCCUACACAAAGUGCACCUGGUACAGAGUCAUCACUGCCUACACAGAGUGCACCUGGUACAGAGUCUCCACGACCUGCACAAAGUGCACCUGGUACAGAGUCAUCACUGCCUACACAGAGUGCACCUGGUACAGAGUCUCCACGGCCUACACAGAGUGCACCUGGUACAGAGUCAUCACGGCCUACACAGUGUGCACCUGGUACAGUCAUCACGGCCUACACAAAGUGCACUUGGUACAGAGUCUCCACGGCCUACACAGAGUGCACCUGGUACAGAGUCUUCAAGGCCUACACAGAGUGCACCUGGUACAGAAUCAUCGCUGACUACACAGACUGCACCUGGUGCACAGUCAUCACUGCCUUUACAGAGUGCACCUGGUACAGAGUCAUCACUGCCUACACAAAGUGCACCUGGUACAAUCAUCACUGCCUACACAGAGUGCACCUGGUACAGUCAUCACGGCCUACACAAAGUGCACUUGGUACAGAGUCAUCACUGCCUACACAGAGUGCACCUGGUACAGAGUCAUCACUGCCUACACAGAGUGCACCUGGUACAGAGUCAUCACGGCCUACACAAAGUUCACUUGGUACAUAGUCAUCACUGUCUACACAGAGUGUACCUGGUACAGAGUCAUCACUGCCUUUACAGAGUGCACCUGGUACAGUCAACACGGCCUACACAAAGUGCACUUGGUACAGAGUCAUCACUGCCUACACAGAGUGCACCUGGUACAGAGUCAUCACUGCCUACACAGAGUGCACCUGGUACAGAGUCAUCACUGCCUAUACAAAGUGCACCUGGUACAGAGUCAUCACGGCCUACACAGAGUGCACCUGGUACAGAGUCCUCACGGCCUACACAAAGUGCACCUGGUUCAGAGUCAUCACGGCCUACACAGAGUGCACCUGGUAGAGACUCAUCACGGACUUCACAGAGUGCACCUGGUACAGAGUCAUCACGACCUACACAGAGUGCAUCUGGUACAGAGUCAUCACGACCUACACAGAGUGUACCUUGUACAGCGUCAUCACUGCCUACACAUAGUGCACCUGGUACAGUCAUCACGGCCUACACAGAGUGCACCUGGUACAGUAAUCACUGCCUACACAGAGUGCACUUGGUACAGAGGCUCCACGGCCUACACACAGUGCACCCGGUACAGAGUCACCACUGCCUACACAGAGUCCACCUGGUACAGUCAUCACCACCUACACAAAGUGCACUUGGUACAGAGGCUCCACGGCCUACACACAGUGCACCUGGUACAGAGUUUUCAAGGCCUACACAGAGUGCACCUGGUGUACAGUCAUUACUGCCUACACAGAGUGCACCCGGUACAGAGCCAUCACUGCCUACACAAAGUGAACCUGGUACAGAGUCAUCACGACCUACACAGAGUGCACCUGUUACAGUCAUCACUGCCUUCACAGAGUGUACCUGGUACAGAGUCAUCACUGCCUACACAAAGUGCACCUGGUACAGAGUCAUCACGGCAUACACACAGUGA